AUGUUACAACAGAAAUCAUCAUCUAUUACUUCUUUGAAAAAUAAUCAAAAAGAAAAAACAUCUUUAGCUAAGGAACAAGUUAGUGAUAAAUUAUUUCAAUCUUCUUCCUAUUCGUUUACUUGUAAUGAUUUUGAUAUUGAGAAAGUUAAAUUUGAACAAAGUAAAGAUCCAAGUAUAAAAAAUAAAAUUAAAGAGACACAACAACACUCAACCAAUAAUUCAUACAUUUUACAUGAUGGUUUAUUAUAUAAAUUAAUAUCUAUGCAUUCUCGUCAUGCCACAAAAACUAAAUUGCUUUAUUUACCAUCAUCGAUGAUCAACUCUCUCCUUAAAGCUUGUUAUAGUGAUCCCUUAGGAGGACAUUUUGGUAUACAACGUACAUAUUUAAAAUUAAAAAACAAGUUUUGGUGGCCAGGUAUGAAGCACACUAUUACUCAAUAUAUAAAGUCUUGUUUACCAUGCCAACAACAUAACAUUAGUCGUAUUAAGACACCUGGUCAGUUAUAUCCAAUUGAAACACCUGAGGGUCCGUUUCAAUUGAUUGAUAUCGAUUUUUGUGGACCAUUUAAAUGUACUCCUCGUGGUAAUCAAUAUGUGCUAUGUAUCACAGAUUACUUUACAAGAUGGAUUAAUGCUGUAGCACUACCUGAUUGCUCUGAUCAAACAACUGCUCAGACGAUUUUCAACGAAUAUAUUUGUCGUUAUGGAGUACCAAUAUCUAUAUUACCUGAUCAGGGUACUCAUUUUCGUAAUCAACUCAUGAACGCUAUGGAAAAAUUAAUCGGUUACAAUCAUAUUUUUUCGACUGUUUACCAUCCACAAAGUAAUGGAAUGGUUGAACGUUGUAAUGCUACAUUUGUACCUCAAUUAGCUAAACUUCACGAUCGUGAAAAUAAUAAUUGGGGUGAAUAUUUAUUACCAGUGGUUUUUGCAUAUAACACUGGCGUUCAUUCAACUACACAAUAUUCACCUUUUCAACUACAAUUUGGUUGGGAACCUCGUUUACCUACUGAUAAACCACCUACUAAUUAUGUAUUUCAUAAACCAAUUGAAUAUUAUACUCAACUAAAGAGGAGUUUAAAAAUUAUUCAUCAAGAUACUCUUGAUAACAUUAUCCAUAAACAAUCGAAAUAUAAAAAACAUUAUGAUAAAAAUCGUUGUGAUCCUAUGUAUCAACUAAAUGAUCAAGUUUUAAUCAAAUGUCAUGGUUCACGAUCUAAACUUGACCCUAGAUAUUCUCUUACACCCAAAGUAAUUAUUAAAAAACAACAUUCUCAUUAUUGGGUUAAAGAUGAAACAACUCAACUUAUUGCUCGUGUCCACGUUAAUGAUAUUCGUCCUAUAUUAGUUUUAUAA